UUCUUCAACUAUUCAAACAAGACUCGAUUCAGUUGUACAUGCAUGUAAUAAAACAUUGUUAGAUCGAGAUAGAUAUCGAUAUUUGGUAGCUGUUAUACCAAACCUUUUUCGUAAAUAUUUA